AUGUAUGCUCAAGUUUGUACGCGUCUGGAUAUAGCGUACAUUGUUGAGAUGCUAGACAGAUAUUUAAGUAACUCAGGAAUGGAUCAUUGGAAAGUAGCAAAACGGGUCAUGCGCUAUUUACAAAGAACAAAUGACUACAUACGUGAUACAGGAGAUCAGAUCAGUUGGAGAUCAUUGGUUAUUCUGAUUUCGAUUUCGCUGGAUGCCAAAAUAGUAGGAGAUNCAGGAGAUCAGAUCAGUUGGAGAUCAUUGGUUAUUCUGAUUUCGAUUUCGGUGGAUGCCAAAAUAGUAGGAGAUCCACUUCAGGCUAUUCUACCUGCUUGCUGGAGGUAA